CUGGGGCUGAAGAAUCACACGAAAAUUCGCGUCGACGCGUAUUUGACAGUGCAUCGUCCAUUAGGUACAUAAUGUAGAAACUGGGUCCAUGUCCCCCCCUUGUCCCCUUGUUCUCCUAGUACAACUUCCAGCCUCCACGUUCUAAUGUAAAAAGUUACAGACUCAAAUGUACACUACCUAAUUAUUGCGACUUACCCAAUCCUGUCGCAAUUCUUUUACAUCCCACAUCUCAUUUUACACUCCAAGAUUCCCAGGAGUAGACACAAUUCAAAAUGGCUCUCCUUCAGUAUAAAAGCAUCGUCGAUUAUGAAGCGCAGCAAGCUGCCUUUGAGACCUUCCUCGAAAAGUUCAAGACCUCGCCGGAACAGACAUUAACCCACGCUAUUGGCCAGAUUAAUAUCGACGAGGAUGACUUGAGUGACGAGUACGAUUUUAUGGACAGAGACGAUGAAGAGCACGAGCGACGCCGACGGGAGAAAGCUUCAGCAAAGCUGCCAAAACACAAAUACGCCGAUCUGAUGCAGAAGCUUGCAGACCGCACAAUCAACGAGGUUUUAAUAGAGCUAGAUGACAUUGCUCAAUGGGAAAAUGAUACAAAUGAUGGAUUGAAGCUCGUAGAGUCCAUUGAAAUGAAUACGAAGCACUACGUCGAAAUCCUAUCUAGGGCUAUUGAUAAGAAGAUGCCCGCACCCACGACCGGCAUAACGUUCAAAGAUGAUGUUCUCGAUGUAAUCAUGGAAAGGAGACAGGCCCGGAAUCGCGAUCUUGCCGAGGCAGCUGCCAACACCAAUAACCCAGAUUUACUCGAGUCCACUUUCCCAGCACAGCUUACGAGGAGAUAUACGCUUGUUUUUAAGCCUAGAACAUCUACCGACGAAAAGCCAGUGAAGGCCCUUGCCGUACGGCAAGUACGAGGAGAGCAUCUUGGCCAUCUUAUCACAAUCCGUGGUAUCGCGACCAGAGCAUCGGACGUGAAGCCCAUCGUGCAAGUCGGUGCAUAUACUUGUGACCGUUGUGGAUGCGAAAUUUUCCAGCCCGUCAACGAUAAGCAAUAUGCUCCCCUUACCAGCUGCCCGUCGCAGGAAUGCAAGGAAAACCAGUCGAGGGGGCAACUUUUCCAAUCCUCACGGGCAUCCAAGUUCUUACCUUUCCAAGAAGUUAAGAUUCAAGAGUUGGCAGAGCAAGUACCUAUCGGCCAGAUCCCCCGAACCCUCACGGUAAUGUGCUAUGGUAGCGCAGUCCGCCAGGUCAACCCUGGAGAUAUAGUCGAUAUUUCCGGAAUUUUCCUGCCCACCCCCUAUACGGGCUUCCAAGCCAUGCGAGCUGGACUUCUGACUGAUACGUAUCUCGAAGCACACCAUAUUGUUCAGCACAAGAAAGCGUACGAAGAGAUGAUCAUCGACGACAAGUUGUUGAACCGUAUUAACACAUUCAGUCGGUCGGGCACUGUAUAUGAAAUGCUAGCUAAGUCGAUUGCCCCCGAAAUCUACGGUCACCUUGACGUAAAAAAGGCGCUCCUACUGUUACUGGUUGGUGGUGUCACGAAGACAAUGGGUGACGGUAUGCGCAUUCGUGGCGACAUCAACAUUUGCUUAAUGGGUGACCCUGGUGUGGCCAAGUCUCAGCUGUUGAAGUAUAUAUCAAAGGUUGCUCCUCGAGGUGUCUAUACAUCCGGCCGUGGUUCAAGCGGUGUCGGUCUUACUGCAGCUGUAAUGCGCGAUCCUGUAACGGACGAGAUGGUUCUUGAAGGCGGUGCACUGGUCUUGGCCGACAACGGUAUCUGCUGCAUCGACGAGUUCGAUAAAAUGGAUGACAAUGACCGAACUGCUAUCCACGAAGUUAUGGAACAGCAGACGAUUUCCAUCUCUAAGGCCGGUAUCUCGACUACACUGAACGCGAGAACAUCGAUCCUAGCUGCCGCUAACCCUAUUUAUGGCCGUUAUAAUCCACGUAUAUCGCCAGUCGAGAAUAUCAACUUACCGGCGGCUCUACUUUCUCGUUUCGAUAUUCUAUUCUUAUUACUCGAUACACCAACCCGCGAGAGUGAUGCGCAAUUAGCUAAGCACGUAGCAUACGUGCACAUGCACAGCAAACACCCUGACCUCUACGCCGGCGAUGGCGGCGAGGCAGCACAGCAGGCAAACAUAGUCUUCACACCCCAUGAGGUACGAGCGUAUGUGGCGCAAGCCCGUACAUACCGGCCUACGGUCCCGGAGACCGUCACUGAGUAUCUAACCAAGACUUACGUCCGCCUACGAGACGCGCAACGACGCGCCGAGAAGAAGAAUAAGCAGUUCAGUCACACGACGCCACGGACACUGUUGGGUGUGGUACGUCUCGCGCAAGCCCUAGCGCGACUCCGAUUCGACACCGAGGUCAACCGGGACGAUGUAGACGAGGCGUUGAGGCUUAUGGAGGCCAGUAAGGAUAGCUUAGCUGCUCAUGAAGCUACGGGUGGCAGGAGAACGCUCAACGCGGCUAGCCGUAUCUACAACCUCGUUAAAUCUCUGGCUGAUAGCGGCGCAUGCCGAGCUGAAGAUGACGAGGACGACGAUGAGGGUACAGUGGAAUUGAGCAUGCGAAAAGUGCGCGAGCGUGUCCUGGGUAAGGGUUUUACCGAGGACCAGUGGUUAAACGCACUGGACGAGUACACGAAUCUUGAUGUCUGGCAGACGGCUGGCAAUGGCAGCAGGCUGGUGUUCGUCACGGCCAACGAUAAUGCAGGGGAGGAAGAUGACGAAUAAGGUGACUUAUAACCUGCCUACCUACAGUGAAUGUGAGAGGCAAAGCAAUGUAAUGUAAAGCCUUUAAUGCAUACGGCUUCGGCUCUAGAAGUAUAAGGAUGAAAAGUAAGCCACGGCGUUAUGGAACAGGUAUCAAUGCUAAGUAUCACCGAUAUGACGAGUGAAACGUUUUUCUGCCAUAGCAGUUUGGUUACUUCAGGCUAGUUCUUAAUAUUAUAAGUGAGAGAAAGUUACUUCAAGCAGUACAUGUGUUGCAUCCUUGGAUAUGCGGGAUGCUACCUACUACUUGGUCCAAAUAUUACACGUUGCCGUUUCUA